GACUUCUUUUGCGAGAGAGAUUGAGAGGGACGAUAUGGCCUCAUUCGCAGCAACAAACGCAGCAAAACUGCUCCCAUCAAUUUCCACUGCAUCAAGACACUCUCAACGUACCCAAUUUUCUUCAGGCCUCACUCCCAAAACCCUAGCCUCCUUCUCCUCUUCGAUUCGAGCUCCUUCGAUCAGCUCGGCGGGAACGAGAAAUGCGCAGUCUUUGGUGGUUUCUGCUGCCGGGCCUCGGAAUCUGAUGGGAUCUCUGACGAAAACUGAAGGCUUGCGCUUCGCAGUGGUUGUAGCACGGUUCAACGAAGUUGUGACAAACUUGUUAUUGGAGGGAGCUUUGGAGACUUUUAGAAGACAUUCAGUUAGAGAAGAAGACAUCACAGUUGUCAAAGUACCUGGAAGCUUUGAGAUUCCAGUGGUUGCCCAAAAGCUUGGGAAGUCUGGAAAUUUUCAUGCAAUAAUAUGCAUUGGAGCUGUGAUAAGGGGUGACACUACCCACUAUGAUGCAGUUGCUAAUUCAGCAGCAUCGGGUGUACUUUCGGCUGGAAUAGGCUCAGGAGUUCCAUGUAUUUUCGGUGUUCUGACCUGUGAAGACAUGGACCAGGCUUUGAACCGUGCUGGUGGGAAAGCUGGGAACAAGGGUGCUGAGGCUGCAUUAACAGCAAUUGAGAUGGCGUCGCUCUUUGAACACCAUUUGAAGUGAUGGGUUUCUAUUGCUGACAGCGUAUUUGAUCGGUUGUCCCUUAGCACUUAGUGACACCAUUUCAUUAUUUUUCAGCAGUUUUCUGCGUGAGUUUUUUCCCCUCGGUUAGCUGUAGCUACUAUUUCGGCCUUUCAACUUCUAAAAACAUGGAAUUGAUCCCGCCAUUGCUCUCGAGAGUCUGUUGUUCUUUAGACUGGAAACUGAACGAGCGAUUUGCAACGCAACCCCUAAAUUGAACAUUGUCAAGGAAUAAGAUCGUCGAUGAAAUGAGGUUUGAUUUGGUGCUUCACUUAGUGUGCAUGUGGUAUAAUGGAUUGGAGCUUUGUUUUCCUAAAAAUUAUUUCCAUUGUGAUUUUUAA